CUGAAGAUGAGGGUGGCGGAGCAUCUCUUGGAGAAAUUCUCUGUUCAAGGUUAAAGCCCAGCCCCUCCCAUCAAAGCUGGUGUCUUGCCGUGGCACAGGCACGGCUUUUGGAUGGGUGUAGGCAGAGACCAGUUCCUCAUGAAGAAUGAUGCUGUUGUAACUGAGUGUGCUGCUUGCUUUAUUAAGCAAUUUUUUUCGGUCUUUGCUUUUUCAAUUGAAAUCUUUUCGGUUUUAAAUUCUCAGUUGGAUUGCUGCAAAGGUCGUGAAGAGGUAAAACUGAUUUAAUGGGGCUAAGAAGAGGGGCUAUACCUUCAGGCAUGCCACUUCCAAAUUUUCAUUCAGGCUGCAGCCUGGAUGCGAGGCUGGCGGCGUGAUUUGCAAUUGCUUGCUUGCAGUUUUUUCCCCUGUGGGUGAUGUGUGCAGGAAACCUGCCUAGUUUUAUAUGGACGCUAUAUUGGGUUUCUGGAAUCAUCCCCUGUGCUGUCUAAUUCUGCCUAUGUAAAGGAUUUCUGGUGUCUGGAUGGGUGGGGAGACUUGAACAAUACAAAGUUUGCCUUGCUUUGAAAUUCCUGCUACAGAUAUUUUGAAAGGGCAGGGAGAAGAGUGAAAGAUUGUGAUAAAUUCUAACCAAGGCUCGGCUUUGUGGCUACAUGUUCUGAAUGUGUGAGAAGAAAAGAUGUAACUUUAAAAAGGGGAAGGGGGGAGAGAUGGAGCUAAAUAAAAGGAGUUUCUUUGCAGCUCCAUCCAUUUCAAUGGUGCAGCUUUCCCAAGCCCCUUUCCGUUGCCCAUCAUCACCUUCAGGCCGGUCAGAGGAGGGUGAGGAUAAGAGCAUGAAGGCGGCCAAGCAGCAGGUGAACCCGUCUGGGGAGACCCAGCCUCCCUCCAGCCCCCUGCAGUCUGCGCUGAACUCGGCAGCCUCUCCUUCCCAGGCGUAUGAGACUUACAUCGAUAAUGGGCUUAUCUGCCUGAAACACAAGAUCAGGAACAUUGAGAAAAAGAAGCUCAAACUAGAAGACUACAAAGAUCGCCUGAAGAAGGGAGAAGCCCUCAAUCAAGACCAGUUGGAGGCAGUAGAGAAAUAUGAUGAAGUAGUACACAACUUGGAAUUUGCCAAGGAGCUUCAGAAGACUUUUUCAGGACUUAGCCAAGAUCUGCUGAAAGCACAGAAGAAGGCUCAGCGAAGAGAAAGUCUAUUGAAGCUUGAAGCAGAGAAGAAAAAACUGCGUACAAUACUUCAAGUCCAGUAUGUACUGCAGAACUUCACUCAAGAGCAUGUUCAGAAAGAUUUCAAAGGUGGUGUGAAUGGUGCAAUAUACUUGCCUUCUAAAGAACUAGACUACCUCAUAAGAUUUGCGAAACUGACAUGUCCAGAAAGAAAUGAGAACUUGAGUGUUGAAGACCAGAUGGAACAAUCAUCUCUCUACUUCUGGGACCUUCUAGAAGGAAGUGAGAAACCUGUGGUUGGAACAACAUAUAAACACAUGAAGGACCUGUUAUCCAAACUUCUAGACUCUGGCUACUUUGAAAGUAUUCCGACUCCUCGCACCACUGUGCCAGUAAAAGAAUUGGAAGAAGAAGUAAAUAGAAAAUCUGAGAGAACAAGACAGAUGUCAAAAGGAGAGUCUGUCAAAGAACCAGAAUCCAUUAUGGAGCUUAUGAAGUCUGAAAUACAGCCACAGGAGUUUCUCAACAGGCGUUAUUUGCCUGAAGCAGAAUACUCUGUCAAGAAGAAGCCAGAAGAGCCCAAAUCUUGGGAAGCUGAAUGUGCUAGAAGGCAAGAACCUCCAAAGUCCUGGGAAAUGCUUGUUGAUAUUGAAGAGCAGGAACAGAAGCAGAAACAAGAGACCUUAAAGCCUUGGGAAGCUCGUGUUAGGCAGCAAGAACCAAAAAGAUCAGAUUCUCCAAAGCCUUGGGAAACUCAUGUUAAAGAGGAGGAACAGAAGCGUGAGUCUACAAAGCCCUGGGAGACCCGUGUUGAGGAGGAAGAACAGAAGAAGCAAGAAGCUCCAAAGGCCUGGGUAGCACGUGUCCGAGAGGAGCAGGAGUCCCCCAAACCUUGGGUAGCAAAGGUUAGGGAAGAACAGGAGCAGAAGAAACAGGAAUCACCUAAGCCAUGGAUAGCAAAAGUUAGGGAAGAGCAGGAACAGAAAAAGCAGGAGUCCCAAAAAUCUUGGGUAACUAAAGUUAAGGAAGAACCAGAACAAAAGCAGGAAUCUCCAAAGCCUUGGGUAACCCAAACUAGGGAGCAACCAGAACAAAAGAAGCCAGAGCCUGUGAAAUCAUGGGAAAUGCCUGUUAGGGAAGAGCCAGAGCAAAAGAAGCAGGAGCCUGUGAAGGCUUGGGCUGCACAUGUUAGGGAGGAGCCAGAACAAAAGAAGCAGGAGACUCGAGAGGCUUGGGAAAAAGCUGACAGGCAGCAGCAAGUAUCAUCACAGCAGUUACAGAACCCUCCGAAGUCCUGGGGAGCUGCAAAUGUUGGGCCAAAGGAGCAGAUGGGGCCAAAGAAGUUUGAUAUGGAACCCAAAGAAGUGCCUAAACCUGUACAUCAGCCAGCUGCAGAAUUUUGCUCUACUUCAACUCUUCCAAAAGAUCCAGUAUUGAGAAGGGAAAAACUUCAGGAUCUGAUGACUCAGAUACAAGGGACUUACAACUUCAUGCAAGAGUCCAUUCUGGAUUUUGAUAAAGCUUCACCAAGUGCCAUUGGUUCAUCCCAACCACCUUCAGUUACUCCAGCAAGUAGUCCUGUAGCUUCAAAAGAACAGAAACUGCCAAGUCAGAGUGAUUUUCUUCAACAGCCCCUUCAAGCUGCUGCUUCAUCCAUGACACUGCAUGGUUCAAAUACUUCCCUAGCAUCUGCUGAUCAGACUCUUUCUGGCUCUGAAGCUGAAGACUUGGUGACACCACAGACACAACAGGCAUCAGCAUCACUUUCUCAAGAGACUGAAAAAUAUACUUCCCAGCCACUGUAUCAGACAAGUUCACGUAUUUCUGAGCCACUGAUACCUAAAAAGAUUGAAAUUGCCCAGGCAACUAUUCCCCUCCCAAGUGAGCCACAGUCACCAUUGCCUACUUCAAGCACCUCCAUGUCGCCAGUACCACCAGCGCAAAGCUUUCAGUCUCCUCCAGCAAGCAGCAGUUCUGUCACAAUAACAGCAGCUCCCUUUCAGGCUAUGCAGACUGUAUUUAAAGUGAAUGCACCACUGCCUCCACGUAAAGACCAGGAAACUAAAGAGGAUUCUUCAUAUUCAGCAGGAUAUAACCAGAGUUUCUCUACAGCAAGUACACAGACUCCUCCUCAAUGCCAGUUGCAAUCUUCUCAUGUUGCAGAACAAACCUCUAUUUCACAAGAAUCUCUGUCUUCGGCAGUGAAUUAUCAACCUGAUGGAGCUGUUCCUGUUAGCAAUGGUAGCCUUGCCUUUUAUCCAGCACAGACUAAUGUUAUUCCCAGACCCCCUCAGCCUUACCUUAACAGUCGUGGGUCUGUCAGAGGAUCUGCUAGAGGUGGAAGGUCACUGGCUAAUUCAUAUCGUUCCCCUGGUGGAUACAAAGGUUUUGAUGCUUACAGAGGCUCACCUUCAAUAACUAAUGGCAACUAUGGCCAGCUGCAGUUCCCUGGUAGAGAUUAUGCUGGAAUGCCAUAUUCUCAGAGGGAUGUUAAUUACCAGCAGUGCUAUAAACGAGGUGGGAUAACUAGUGGUCCUCGAGCAAAUUCAAGAGCAGGGUGGAGUGAUUCCUCUCAGGUGAGCAGUCCAGAACGAGACAAUGAAACCUUUAACAGUGGGGACUCUGGGCAGGGAGACUCCCGCAGCAUCACCCCUGUUGAUAUGCCAGUGACGAGCCAAGCUGCUACCAUACUACCAGUGCACGUCUACCCCCUCCCGCAGCAGAUGAGAGUUGCCUUCUCUGCCGCUAGAACAUCUAACUUGGCCCCUGGAACUCUAGACCAGCCAAUUGUGUUUGAUCUGUUGCUGAACAACCUUGGAGAAACUUUUGAUAUCCAGCUUGGUAGGUUCAACUGUCCAGUGAAUGGUACAUAUGUCUUCAUCUUCCACAUGCUGAAACUAGCUGUAAAUGUUCCCCUGUAUGUGAAUCUCAUGAAGAAUGAAGAGGUCCUAGUGUCAGCCUAUGCAAAUGAUGGGGCUCCUGAUCAUGAAACAGCUAGUAAUCAUGCAGUCCUGCAGCUGUUCCAGGGAGAUCAGAUCUGGUUGCGUCUGCAUCGGGGAGCCAUCUAUGGAAGUAGCUGGAAAUACUCCACCUUUUCGGGAUACCUCCUUUAUCAGGACUAAAAUCCAGUGCGAUGUUUACAAAAGAUCUGCUCCAAACACCUUGGUGGAGGGGGGUGGGACUAGCUUUGCACUUACUACUGACUUUAUAGAAGAUAUAUGGUUCCAUUAUUGGGGGAAAUGAUGGUCCUGUUGUGCAAGGUGAAAUCAUGGAGUUGGGGUACUGAAUCAGCACUAAUUUGGCACUUUAUCAGUUGUGAUGUAGCCUUGCUAGUAAAGCUGUGAAUGUAUAUUGUUUGCACUUACCCUAAACUGUAUUAAUGUCCAGCUUACUACACUAUUGAUUGCCUCAAGUAUGGGCUAUUCACAAUGCCUUGUUGUGCCUCAAUAAAACAAGUUAAUAUGCAUUUUA